AUGGACUUGUUGGACAAGGAAUAUUUCCGCCUAUUCCUGAGGAAAGUUGAUGAUCUCUGGCUCCCUCAGACCAAACUUUUCUUGCAAGGAAUUGACUUGUUGGACAAGGAAUAUUUCCGCCUAUUCCUGAGGAAAGUUGGAACUAAUGGGACUUGUUUCAUUUCAGGUCAACUCCUGCCGAUCUUUCGUCAUGAAAUUCUGGAAUUUAAUGGUUCGUACCGUGUUCAUAUUUUCAUCUAUUCACCUAUCCAGAACCUAUGA